GCGGGCUGGCGGGCCGGCGGGCUGCUGGCGUCCUCUGCCGCGCGAUGAGCGGGCUCGGGGUUCGCGGUCUGCGGGUGGACGGGCUGCCGCCGCUGCCCAAAAGCCUGAGCGGACUGCUGCACUCGGCGGCGGGAGGCGCGGCGGGCGGCUGGCGGCACCUGGAGCGGCUCUACGCCCAGAAGUCGCGCAUCCAGGAGGAGUUGAGCCGCGGGGGCGCGGCCGGCGGCGGGGCGCGGGCGGCGGGGCCGCGCUCCAAGCCCCCUAACCUGGACGCGGCGCUGGCGCUGCUGCGCAAGGAGAUGGUUGGCCUCCGCCAGUUGGACAUGUCCUUGCUCUGCCAGCUGUACAGCCUCUAUGAGUCAAUCCAAGAGUACAAGGGGGCAUGCCAGGCUGCUUCCAGCCCUGACUGCCCGUAUGCACUGGAGAAUGGUUUCUUCGAUGAAGAGGAGGAAGACUUCCGGGAGCAAGCCUCCCUCCAUGAAGGCAGGGCCCAAGGCCCUCCUGGAGACCUGCCACAGCCUGUCUCCCCGCUCUCCAACAGCGACUGGAUUCUGGAGUCUUUCUAGGGUCUUGGGGCAGCUAGAGUUGAGGGCUGGGUUUGAAUUGGACACUGUUAGCAUCAACUUCAUCUACUGUAAGAAAGUGCUCUGUCUUCACAGUGGACGGUCCAUGGCAUCUGAGAUGGAUGCCACCAGGGAGUUUGUUAACACGCCAUGGCAAUCUGCUGGGAUGCUGCAGUGUCUGAUCAGGUUGCAGAGAGGCACUGAGACUGUCCAUGGCUCCAGCGGUGUGAGGCACACCCCUGAGAUUCACAGCGAGGCUGUAACAAGGGGUGUGGUAGGAGGCCAAGUGUGCAGCUCACAUGAGGUGACUUUAACUGGUCCCUUCCAAGUCUUUGUCUUAGUGUCACUGUCCCCUUCUUCAGUGAGGCCUGCAGCUUCCUUUACUACUUCAUGAGUUUUUCAGACCUUCUGCCAAGGCUUACUUAUUUUGGGCUGUCUCCCUGUCCAUGUGACUUAUAAGAUCUUACUAUUGAAAGAACAAACACUGCUGCCAUACUAGUGAGUGGCCUUCUCUCAGCCUACCUGCUCGUUGCCCUUUUAUUAGGUAGAGGAAAAAGGGAGUUCAUACAGAGGUCUGUUGAGUGGGAAAAGCCCAAACAAGAACAAGUUAAAGUUCUGUGUCAUUCACUGUAAGACAGUGGACAUUUCUGUUCCUAAAGACUGAAUGUAAACUAUUAUGUUAGAAAGCAAGCCACAGCUUCCACUCAAAAUAGUGAUUACCUUAUGCCUUAAUAUAUUUAUUAAAAUACUUUGUGAGAACUUUAGACUGUGUAGGUUAAACUUGAGGAUAAAAUGAUGAAUUCUUUCUGUU